UGCGCAAGCUGAAGACAUCUCGCGUGAGAUGCCUAUCUUCGCGCUUUAUUUUUAUACUAGCUAAAAUAUACGAGCUAAAGAAGUGCGAAUACUGCCCGCUUCGCAAAUGGCCGCAUGAACUACAACCAAGCGAAAGAAGGUAAGAACGAAGAUGAAGAAGAAUGGCUGCUCUUCCAGAGGCGCCUGUGCUCACUAGUCAAUCAUCUCUUUCGGGAGCAUCGAGACGUGAGGCGCAAGCCGCCGGUGACGAUGAUGACAUCCCACUCCCUUACGGUUUCGGCAAGUUCCAGCUGCUGAUAAUGUUGGGCACGAUCGUCGCGGGCGCCACUUUUUUACGCUGCACGACGAGAGCUUCUGACUCACUGCGGGCGUCAUGGACCACUGGUGCCAACGACCCUCCAAGUUCGCCAACCUCAGCGUCGCCGAGUGGAAGAGGCUCGCCAUCCCCCGGGACGUGGACGGCCAGUACAGCCACUGUACGGUGCGCGAACCGCCAGACGCGGAAGACGUGGCUCGCAUCGUCUCGUGCACGUCGUGGGAGUACGACCUUAGCACGUACGGCAACAACAUCGUCAGCGAAUGGAACCUCGUGUGCGACCGGCUCUGGAUCGUGGACCUGGCGAGGAUAGCCUACUCGGUCAGCUGCAUGGCGUCCCUCUGCGUGUUCGGCGUGGCGGCCGAUCGCGUCGGCCGCAGGGUCGUCGUCUUCGUGGCCGUACCCGUGGUGCUGGUGGCUGGGGUAGGCGGAGGCCUGCCCAAGGACCUGCACUGUUUCGUGGCCGUGCGCUGCCUCGUCUCGGCGGCUGCGAGCGCCCUGGUGCCGCCGCUGCUCGCGCUGACGUACGAGGUGUCGCCCAUGAGCAAGAUUCCCGCCUACACUGUCGCCACCUGGGUGGUCACUCUGCUCAUGGUGCCCCCGACGCUAGCGGUGGCCCAGGCUGUCAAGGGUGGCUGGGCCGUCACCCAGCUCCUGGUCAUGCUGCCUACGUCCCUCCUGCUAACCCUGUACUACACCAUAGACGAAUCGCCUGCCUGGCUUCUGGUCACCGGAAAAGUUGGCGAGGCCGAGCGCGUUGCGUCGAGCGCGGCGAGGUUGAAUGGGUUGCCAACGGGAAGAGGCGACCUUUGCGCCUUACAGCGUUACUUGCAGGUUCGAGAAGUAGCGCCCAAAGAACCGGCCGGGCCUUUUCUGCUGUGCUCGAAAGGUCUCUGGCAUCGCACAGCCCGGUUGACAUUCUGCUGGACAGCGCUUGCCUACUGCUACAUCAGCUUCAUCUCCAACGACGACAUCUUCGUCAGUGUGAUAGAUAACGUAAUCGACAUGCUUCUGUCCACCUGUGCUGCUAUCGCCGUUGCCCGAUGCAUUCCUCGCUUCGGCUUCAAACUUUUGGUGGUCGCCUCGGCGCUCGUCUGCGCCGUAACGUCGGUAGUUCUGGCCGGUAUUUACACCGACGACAAAACGGUUCUGCGCAACUCGCUCGUUCUGCUCAUGCGAAUGGCGGGAAACGUGACGCUCAUGUUUUUGAUCACACUGGCCGUCAACUGCUACGCCGUUGGCAUUCACUGCACGGCGCUCGGCACGGGCCUGGCCUGCAGCCGGCUCGGCGACACCCUGGCCCAGAUGGUUCCGAGGUUUCUCCAGGGCAGGCACGCCGAAGGGCACCUCGCCGUUCCGGCCAUCUUGAUGACGCUGGUCGCGGCCGCUACGGAGUUCUUACCCGCAAAGGCAGACUGGAAAAUGCGUCGCUCUGUCACGCGUGCCAAAACUACCUUGACCGAACGCACCGGCGAGGAGCAGAGGCGCCAGCUCCAGGGAUCUCUGGCGCCGCUGCCCAAGAAACGGUUGCACGAGCGUCGCCGAAGCAGGGGCGACAAACACCGGUUCUCGCUGGACGACCCACUCUCGUCGCAUACCAUGAGCCGGUCAACGCUGCGGGACUUCUAGAACGCAGCCCGAAUGUGAACGUGGUUUCGCUUUUUCUUUGUACUUUCUUAUUAGUGAUCGCUCGUUUAACAUUGCUUCGUGUUGCAAGUAACCACAUUUGUUUUUACACACGCAUUCUAUGGUGAUGCAGUGAAGCUGACCUUGUUGGACGUGUCCAGGCUUUGGUGCCAUUUCACUGUGAUUUUUAGCGUACAACAUGCACAGAUGCGCGAAGUUAACACGAAUGCUAAUCUCGUGUCUGUACUCAGAUAUAUCGUAACAUAAUAGAGAUUAUCCGUCUGGAUUUAAACAGUAACGAUUUAAGACUCGACGUUCAAUCGCAUAUUCCACCCUUGCGAAAGUUGGUCUUGCCGUUGGCUUUUUAGUGUAACUUGCGGUGCUCGAUUUUAGUUGCUGAAGCAUAUAAUGUAGAGCUGGGAAAAUUCGAUGGGGCAGAUUUAGAUGCGGAACAAGGAGGCCUGCAGAAAUAGACAACCUGAUGACAGGGUGAACAGAGAAGAGCCGAUAAGAGGUAUUUGCCUUGAAUUUGUGUCCCUUGAAAAUUGGCUGAACGGCACCUUUAUGCCCACUAAGGAAUACUGCAAUCUUAAAGGUGUUUUCUCGUGUCUUUAACUAACGCACCGAAAAGGGUGUUUUGGUGAAAUAACACACCGAUUUGCAAGGCUGACUCUCUAACGGGACGCUGUCCCGCUAUGUGCGUUCUGCCGGAAUGUACACUGCAUUUAAUUUUUACAGGGACUUAUUUCAUUCUGUAACUACGCUGGUAUUUCGGACGUCCGCCCAAGUAAACCUCGUGUGUUUUUCGAGACGCUUAUGUAAAGCGAAAGGUACAAAAAAGAAGGUGCGCAUCCCGGUUUCAAAUUGUGUACCUACAUAUUGCCGGUCGUGUUAGCGGUGGGCGUGAGCGCUCGACCACUCCUACUUUUGUGCUACUAAUACAUGGCAUCGACCAGUCCGCGAACCCAACUAGAGGGAA